CAUGUGAUUUUUUUUCUCUCUCAUAUCUGCACAAUUACAUGUUCGAGGAGCUUAGCUAAGUUUUUCCAGAGCCUUUCAGCUCUCCGUUUCUCCAGCUCGCUUUCUGUUUUUUGUUUUUUUUUCUCAUGAUCCAACUGCAUACUUUCCCUCGACUUUUUUCUCUCCUUCAGUGUGACGUGUGAGUGGAGUUCCUGCCCUGCUCUCUCGUUUCAGAGCGUAUAGCCGAGGGGUGGCGGGGCGGUCAUUCCCUUUGACCUGUCAUGGGCGAGAUGGAAUGAAGGUGUAAACGAGAGGAGUUGCGAGUGUUUUGGUCUGAGUGCAUGUGCCUCGCCCUUGUAGGGGAGUCAGGCGACGGGGGGAAGAAAGGAGAGGAGAGAGAGAGAGAGAGAGAGCAGGCGAGGAGAAAGUGACCGAGGGGAGAGGAGGCGAGCUGCCGAGCCGAGCCACCCGUGGACAAAGGUGGAUGAGAGUUGCCGCUGAGAAGUUUGUUUGAGACAGGAGGAGGAGGAGCGCCGGCCUGAGGAGGAACUAUCACUUCAGGGGCUCUUCCAGCAGUAAAAGGACAGGAUGAGGUACCAAGGCAGGGAAGUGGAUGUGGACGGACGAGUGCGUCUGGUGAUGGAGAGCUCCCUGUCCGCCCGGGACAGGGUCGGGGUGCAGGACUUUGUCCUGUUGGAGAACUACAACAGUGAGGCGGCCUUCAUAGAGAACCUGCGGCGACGCUUCAGAGAAAACCUCAUCUAUACUUAUAUCGGAUCAGUGUUGGUUUCGGUGAACCCUUAUAAGGACCUGGAGAUUUACUCCAAGCAGCAGAUGGAGCGUUACAGAGGGGUCAGCUUCUACGAGAUAUCGCCUCACAUCUAUGCCUUAUCGGACAACACGUACCGGGCCAUGCGGACGGAGAGGAAGGACCAGUGUAUUCUGAUUUCAGGGGAGAGCGGAGCAGGAAAAACAGAAGCCUCCAAGAAGAUCCUCCUGUACUUUGCCGUUACCUGCCCGGCUAACGAUCACAUGGCUGCGCUGGGCGACCGCCUCCUGCAGUCCAACCCUGUUCUGGAAGCAUUUGGUAACGCCAAAACAUUGAGGAAUGACAACUCCAGUCGCUUUGGGAAAUACAUGGAUAUCCAAUUUGACUUUAAGGGAGCACCGGUGGGUGCUCACAUCCUCAACUACCUGCUGGAGAAAUCACGUGUCGUACAUCAAAACCAUGGCGAAAGAAACUUCCACAUCUUCUAUCAGCUCCUGGAGGGAGGAGACGAUGACCUUCUGAACACACUGGGCCUGGAAAGGAACCCUCAAAAUUACCGCUAUCUGGUCAAGGGGAACUGUCCAAGAGUGAGCUCCAUAAACGACAAGAAUAGUUGGAAAGUGGUGAUGAAGGCCCUUCCUGUGAUCGGCUUCAGUGCAGAAGAAGUGCAGGAACUGAUGAACAUCAUCGCCAGUGUUCUCCAUCUGGGUAACACUCUCUUCGGGGAAGGGGAGGAAGGAGAAACUUAUAUCACCUCAGAGACCCAGAUGUCAAAUCUCCAGAAGCUGCUGGGUGUUGAUGGCUCAGCCCUGAAGGAGGCACUCACUCACAAGAAACUCACUGCCAAAGGAGAAGAGAUGAUCAGCCCGCUCAACUACGAGCAGGCAGUGUCGGCCCGUGACGCUUUAGCCAAGGCUGUGUAUGGCCGAACCUUCACUUGGUUGGUGGAGAAGAUCAACCAGUCGCUGGCUUUGAAGGAUGAAAUCUACCACAGCAGCAAAGGCUCCUCGGUCAUCGGCCUUCUAGAUAUUUAUGGCUUUGAGGUCCUACAGCAUAACAGUUUCGAGCAGUUCUGCAUCAACUACUGCAAUGAGAAGCUCCAGCAGCUUUUCAUUGAGCUCACCCUCAGAUCUGAGCAGGAGGAGUACGAGACAGAGGGGAUUGCAUGGGAGACGGUGCAAUACUUUGACAACAAGAUAAUUUGUGACCUGAUAGAAGAGAAGCACAAAGGGAUCAUCUCCAUCCUGGAUGAGGAGUGUUUGAGACCUGGUGAGACCUGCGACGGCUCCUUUUUGGAGAAACUUGAGGACACAGUGGGCAGCCAUCCCCAUUUCAUCACGCACAAGCUGGCGAACGGGAAAACCCGCAGGGUGAUGAGCAGGGACGAGUUCAGGUUGCUGCAUUAUGCAGGAGAGGUCAAUUAUAAUGUCAACGGUUUCCUAGACAAGAACAAUGAUCUGCUAAACAGGAACCUGAAAGAGGUCAUGUGCCAGUCAGACAACCAGAUCCUAAGUCAUUGCUUCAGCAGAGAGGAAGUGAUCGACCACAAACGUACAGGGAUGGCUGCCAGUCAGUUCAAAAACAGCCUGAUGAAACUAAUGGAGAUCCUCAUGUCUAAAGAGCCAUCCUACGUGCGUUGCAUCAAACCUAACGAUGCCAAGCAGCCAGGACGGUUUGAUGAAGUUCUGGUCAGACACCAGGUGAAGUACUUGGGUCUGAUGGAAAACUUGAGGGUGAGGAGAGCUGGCUUCGCCUACCGUCGUCGCUUUGAGGCCUUCCUGCAAAGGUAUAAGCCUCUGUGUCCGGAGACGUGGCCAAACUGGCAGGGGAAACUGGUGGACGGCGUUUCUACACUGGUCAACCACCUUGGCUAUAAGGCAGAGGAGUACAAACUGGGCAGAUCGAAAAUCUUCAUCCGUUUUCCAAAAACCCUCUUCAGCACUGAAGAUGCACUAGAGGCCAAGAAGCCUGAGAUAGCGGUGACCCUGCAGACGUCGUGGAGAGGCUACCGAGAGAAAGCCAAGUAUCAGCGCAUCAGACACGCAGUGUUAGUGAUCCAGUCGGGGUGGCGAGGAAUGAAAGCACGCAGGAGAGCCAGGAGGCGUCGUCAGGCGGCUGAGCUGAUACGCAGGUUCAUAAAAGGGUUCAUCUACCGUCAUGAGGAAUACUGCCCUGAGAACGAGUACUUCUUGGACCAUGUACGCUACUCCUUCCUCAAAAAUCUGAGUCAAAACCUCCCCAAGAGCGUUUUGGACAAAAGCUGGCCCACGCCACCGCCCUCCGUCGUCGAGGCCUCGGAGCACCUGCGGAGGCUGAACAUGCGGAACAUGGUCCUCAAGUAUUGCUCAAGGGUCCAGGCUGAAUGGAAGAAACAGAUGAUGCAGAAGGUUUUAGCCAGCGAACUCUUCAAGGAUCAGAAAGAUGGCUACGAUCAGAGCGUUGGGCGGCUCUUCUUGGACACUAGACUUGAGCGCGAACAAAUCAGUCUCAAAGUCCUGCAGACACUCGGCAACGAGAAGGUUCAGUACGGCGUGUCGGUGGUGAAGUACGACAGGAGGGGCUUCAAGCCUCGGCCACGCCAGCUGCUCCUCACUAAUAGCUUUGCUGUGGUGGUGGACAGGAACAAGAUCAAACAGAGGAUCGACUACACCGCACUGAGAGGCAUCUCUGUGAGCUCCCUCGGCGAUGGGAUGCUGGUUCUGCACAUGCCCUGCGACGACAACAAACAGAAGGGCGACGCCGUGCUGCGCUGCAGCCACGUGAUCGAGCUGGUGACCAAACUCUCCAUGAUGGCCGGCAAGACGCACUACGUCAAUAUCAAGCCGGGCAGCAUUCGCUUCGCCGUGGCCCGGGGCAAGGAAGGGAUAAUUGAUUUCGUCAGGGGUUCAGAGCUGAAGGUGGCCAAAGGCAAGCGAGGACAUCUGCUAGUGACCGCCCCUCAGAUCAACGCCACAUGAAGAAACGGAAAACAGCAACCAGAUAAACAGUAACCCUUGUAGCUGCCACCCACAAGCGUUCAUCGCCGUCUUCUUCCUGUGCAGCUGACGGGAUGAUGCCACAGAAGACAUCACAGAACAUACUCAAAACAAGCAAGAUUCCUACGUAUCUGUGCGCCAUUACAGCAAUAACGCCUUGCAGCAACUUUUGUAGUCCUAAAAAUCAUAACAUGAAGUCAUCACUGUCUUGAAUGCUUCGUUUCUUUAUUGUCAGUCAUACGUAACAAAAUGCACUGUCAAAUACAAUGUAACACAUGGUGUCUAUAUUGCAAGAUAACCCAAAGAAAAAACACUUUUAAAUAAAUAAUAUGUUAAUAAAUAUGUCAAUAUAUAUAUAAAUAUAUAUAUAGUAAAUAUUACUGUGGAAAGUACAGAAGAUUGAGGUUGUGGUGGAAAAACAGGAUGUUCUGACAUGAUGUGGCAGCUCAUUUCUAACUUACAGCCAGACUUAAGACAGAAACUCUGGGAAAUUCCCAAGACAGCCCUUAAGACUGCACACCGAUACAUCACAUUCAAAAAGGACUCGUGAAAAUGGACUAAUUGAAAAAUAUCCCAAGAGGUUUUCCAGUUCUUCCAGGGUUUCUGAGUGUCAGUUAAGUAUUUUUUUGUUGUUCCUAUUCUUACACACCUUUCUUUUUCAGUUUUGAUUCAUGGCUGUGUUUUUAAAGCCAGUAUGAGAAAGUCUCUCGCCAGCUUAGUGAGGUAAAGAUUGAGGUCUCUCAGAAUGAUGAAUCCCUCCACUCGACUGUCCCACACUGUUUUGGGACUUCCUUGUGAGGUCAGGUGUAGUGCUGGCGGCGUCGGCUUGAUCCAAGAGUUCCUCAUGAAUCUCAUCUGGAGAAAGAAAGAGAAAAUCACAAAUGUCAUCGGGUUCAGUUCUGGUGUCACUUCCUUCGAAGACGGCGUGGGCCGCGGAUGUAUCCGUGGGUUGGUUGCAUUAAGACGACAGCGGCUACCUGACUGCUGACUUGGCUCAUCAGAUCCCGUAAGUCCAGCUGAAUGUGCUUGAUGCUCUGAGGUAGAGUGGCCGCCUGACCUUUCACCUCCCUCUCCAGCUGCGUUCUCUUCCUCUCCAGCAUGAUCCAGUAGGACUGCAUGUCCCAGAAAGCGGCAUGCAGCCGGUCCCAGUCCUAAAAACACAAGACAACCACGUGAUUACACCACAAACAUUUUGCAGAACACCCUCAUCUAAUCAUGAAGUUUUAGGAGGGGAACUCCACUCAAAUUUUCAUAAAAAUUUAUAUUCUGCAAAACGAGACAUUUGGACAUUGUCAUCAGGCUUUUUUUCUUAAUUCCCCCCCCAUAAUACACAGAACUUUCAAAGCAUUUAUGGGAAAUUAGCAGAAAACUUUGAUGGUUUAUUAGUAGCUAGUGAUCUUAUUUGUCUUUUUACGGGGAAACAAGACACCGACCGCCAACUGGAGCCACCCGGAGAAGUCUGUUGAGAGUGACGGCAGGUCACUCAGCUGCCAGCCUCUGUCGUCAAACUCCACAUCUCCCAGCUGCUGCUCCUUCUGCGUGAAAACACAGGAAGGGUUUACGUUAAGAGCCCUCUUAAGGCGAAACAAAUGCUGGAUGUAAGCAAAGCUGUGGCCAAGUGCAGUGGGCACUCGCAGGGCCGGCGGUGACAUCCAAGACUACUCACGUAUUUCCAUAGCAGCUGCUGCACACGGGUUCGAGUGGACCUCGUGAGGCGGAACGAGUUCUUGUAACUGCACCGCUGUAGUAACGUGGACGUUGAAGAGGACUCCACAAAGUUCAGUAUACCAAGGAGUAGAAGACCUUGCUGCCAAAGGAUCAUCUGAAACAGACACAGGACCAGUCAAUGUGUGAUAAAUCUACAGUAAACCCAUGUAUAAUUA